AUGGCGAUGGCUGGUCAAGCCAUGACCACGCAAGCCCAGACCGAAGCUUUCGACAGGCUGAUGGCUGCCCGCCUCGACGCCAUCAACGCGCUGCUGUCAGAGCUCGAUGAAUCUGCCUCUACAGGACGCGACAUCUUCCCAUUGAUGAAGCUGCCCCCGGAACUCCGUGAACACAUCUACAAAUUCGCUCUGGUGACCGGCCCACAGAUCGAUGUCACCCGGCGCAUCGACAAAGCAGCAACAGAGAAGGCACUCAAAGCCCAUGAGCGGAAGCUCGGCCUUGGCCUAGUAACUAAGCACCAACGUCCAACCCAAUCGUACAAUAUCUCCGCAAAGACGUUCGACAGCAAGCUGGAGAAGAAGAACCGCUACGCUCCACAUGGUCUGACAGUUGCCGUUCUCCGCAUCAGCAAGCAGGUCUAUGCAGAGGCCCAUCCGGUACUUUACGGCUGCAACCGCUUCCGCUUCCCGAAUUCUACAAUGCUCGCAUACUUCCUUGCCAGGUCGGAGCCAGGGGUGCAGCUCAUCGAGGAUGUUGAGAUUGGUGACAUCGUCGCAUACAGCACGUCGUUCACCACCCACAUGCUGUCCGGUGCUACCAGACUCCGCCGCCUUAGUCUGACCGGAAACCUCGACUGCAUGGGUGGAAUUAACACACCUAGCUUCGUGAGUAACCUCCUCCGAUGCUUGAUUUUGCCCAUCCAUCAUUGCAGCCCCACGUGCUCUUAUCUCGAUUCGUAUCCAUGCAUUUGCGCCACCGCAGAAGAACGGCAGCGAGUUGUCGGCAUGGUGAGCUUUGACUUCAAUAGCUUGCGCUGUUACUUCCAAGAGGACAAUGGAAGUCGACGUCCUUUCGAUCCUGAGACCGACUCUGGAGUCGUGAAGACGGCCAUACUGAAGCUUUGGGAAGAGGAGAUCAAUGGUGAGAAGGCGAGAGUGGAAGUUGCGACAUCGAUGGCCUAG